GAUCCUCAAUUGCCAUUUCUACUACACCCCGCGCCAAAAUGCAAGCCAAGCCCUGCCACAUUAUCCCCGCGGCAUUCCGAUCACCCGAAAAACUAUCUCCGGCUCACCGUCUUUAUUCUCCGGCCAACAUACCACGAGCAAUAUCCAUAGCAACCCCGGAUAACAACCGUGUGAGAACAGUGACCACAGAGAGAACAAGAAACUAUGAAGAAGACGAAGCUACGGCAGCGUUUUGGGACUACCAGUUCUUGUUCGUGUCGCAACGAUCGGAGACUGUUCAGCCCGUGAAGCUCCAAGUCGUUGAUGGUGCGAUCCCGUCGGACUUCCCCUCCGGAACUUACUAUUUAGCCGGACCGGGAAUUUUCUCUGACGACUACGGAUCGACGGUGCACCCUCUCGACGGCCACGGAUACCUGAGAUCGUUUACAUUCGAUGGAGUUAAAGGGGACGUGAAUUUCAUGGCCAAAUACGUGAGAACCGAGGCUCAAGAGGAGGAGUUCGAUCACGCGACUGGCACGUGGAGGUUCACACACCGGGGCCCAUUUUCCGUUUUAAAGAAAGGGAAGAAGUUGGGGAAUACGAAGGUGAUGAAGAAUGUAGCGAACACCAGUGUGUUGAAGUGGGGAGGGAGGCUGUUGUGCUUGUGGGAAGGUGGGGACCCGUAUGAGAUUGAAUCAGGGACGUUGGAUACUGUCGGCAGGUUCGAUAUGAUCAACGGUUCAGAUUCGUUGGUGAACAGUAAUGGCAGCGUUGAUGGGGGUGAUGUGUGGGAAGUAGCCGCCCGGCUGUUGAAGCCUAUCUUACAUGGAGUGUUCAAUAUGCCUGCCAAGAGAAUGUUGUCACAUUACAAGGUUGAUGCUAGAAGGAAUAGACUACUUACAGUAUCCUGCAAUGCAGAGGACAUGCUUCUACCUCGCAGUAAUUUCACAUUUUAUGAACAUGACUCUGAUUUCAAGUUGCUGCAGAUGCAAGAAUUUAACAUUCCUGAUCAUCUGAUGAUCCAUGAUUGGGCCUUCACAGACACUCAUUACAUACUGUUUUCCAACCGCAUCAAGCUGGAUGUCAUCGGGUCAAUGGGUGCAGUGUGUGGGUUAUCUCCAAUGAUAUCAGCAUUGUCAGUGAACCCUAGCAAGGCCUCUUCUCCAAUUUACUUGCUUCCUAGAUUUCCAAAUGAAUCCAGUGAUAGUGUUGGAGGCAGAGAUUGGAGAGUGCCUGUGGAAGUUGAUUCACAAUUUUGGCUACAACAUGUUGGGAAUGCUUUUGAGGUUAAGGAUCAAAAUGGGAAUUUGGAUAUACAUAUUCAGGCUGUUGCUUGCUCCUACCAUUGGUUCAAUUUCCAAAGCCUAUUUGGAUAUAAUUGGCAAAGUGGGAAGCUAGAUCCUUCAAUUAUGAAUGUCAAAGAAGGUGAUCAAACUCAGCUACUGCCUCAUCUUAUUCAGGUUUCGAUCAAAUUAGAUGCCGAGGGGAGUUGCUACAAAGCUUGUGUAGAGCCGUUGAAUGAAUGGAACAAAUCAUCGGAUUUUCCUUUGAUCAACCAAUCAUUCUCAGGCUACGAAAACAAAUACAUCUAUGCUGCAGCUUCAUCUGGGUCUCGCCGAUCUUUGCCAAGUUUUCCAUUUGAUAUGGUGGUUAAGCUCGACUUGAAAGACAAGUCUGCUCGUACUUGGUCUACCGGCAGACGGAGAUUCAUUGGGGAGCCCAUUUUUGUUCCGAAGGAUGAGAGUGAAGAUGAUGGAUACCUUCUUGUGGUUGAGUAUGCAGUUUCAAUCCAGAAGUGUUAUCUUGUCAUAUUAGAUCCCAAGAGAAUUGGAGAAGGAGAUGCACUUGUAGCAAGAAUUAUGGUCCCUAAGCACCUCAAUUUCCCAUUGGGGUUUCAUGGUUUUUGGGCUAUUAACCACGACUAAAAAUGUUUAUGAUUUCUUAAAUCUCUAUUAUAAUGAAAAUGUAAAUUUUUUGUC